AUGGCGUACGUCGAAUCCGAAGCACAUAACAGUUCUACAUGCCUGGCAGGGCUAAUGGCGAAGGCUGGCAUCUAUCCCGUCCACCUAUCCAAGUGGCAUAUUGCGGACAGCCUCUCUUCUAUCGAAUCACGCGUUAAAGCGGCCUGUGGUCCUCAGCUAGCGCACGUACAACGAUUGCGGGACACAUGGCAUAAGCCGUUCCACAUUCCUGACGAGUGGAAGCCUCAACCUCUCGUUCAUGAUGUACAAGAUAUCCCGGAUCCUAUCGACAACCUCGCUGCGUGGGAAUUAGCACCGUGGCUCGAAAUCAUCUCCAGCGAUGUGAUGUACAUGUCUCAUGACGAUGUUGUUCGCCGGCACAUGGAUCCAACGUCCUUUCAGCCAGACUUUCUCUUGUCUGGCCUUCGUCGUCAUGGCCGUUGGGAGAAAGUUGACACCAAAGAUUCUUUCUAUUGUGAUCCCAAGGUGUCCAUUGUGGCGUUCAAGAAUGCGGUAACCUACGUUGGAGAUGAAGAAAGUGCUGCAUCAAUCGUACCUGAUAUGUUUACGACUACGCCUGGUUGUUGGCUGAGAUGUAAUCCAGGCUCCGACUUUCCAUCGGUUUUGGCUGGAGAAUACUCUUGCAUGCCAAUCGAUUUCGUGCUUCUUCUACAUCCCAUAGGCCCGUCAACAUAUCUCGGCGUAGAAAGGGAUCAUUUUCUGCGCAUCAGUGUCCUCCAUCCCGCACUGGUAGUGGGCAUCAAAGGUCCUGCCCAAUGGCUGACCUCAAAAACUCCGUCUGACCGGUCGCCGCGAUUGGAGGAUGUGCAAUACGAACUUGGACGCUCGAUCCAUCCCAGUUUGAGCUCCCAUCUCCUCAACUGGUACCUUCGCUGCGAGCAGACUGAAGAUGAUUCUGAAUCGCUGGAAUCAGCUUUUCGCCACCCACCCGAUUACCUGAUACUAUUCGGCAUCAGCUAUGAUGCUGAGUGCAUCCGCCUUAUAGCGCACAUCCCCUUCGUGGACAGCGCUAGUGAAGGCUCGCCUCAGUGGUCCUAUCUCUCCUGCAUCGUCGAUGAGCUGCCCUUCGGCCCGAUGCCGCAAACCACGCCAGAUCUCAAAGCUUGGUGCGUGGAGAGAUUCCAGGUAGCUUUCGCACUGCUCGCGAUGAGAAAGCAUGCCUUCCGCCUUGCCUGUCUAUGGGAUGACAUCCUCUGGCCUACUUCGAUCAGACAAUCGGAACAUAUUCACGAAACUGAGUAUUUGGGACCUACGCCUACGCCUUCCGAGAUAGAUGGCUCUGAGUGGUUCACUGUCUAUAUUCCAGAGGAAGAUGAUGAGGAAGAUGACGAGGAGCCAGCACCAAGCGAAGAUGCCGAAGAGCUCAGGUUGGAGAUGGAGGAAAUAGAGGAGAUGGCCAAAGCAUCACGUCCAAUUGUAGAGAGGUGGGUUACUGACGUCCAAGUUGACGAAGCUAUUGGCGAUGAGGUGGACACACCUGAGGCCUCUGGUUAA